AUGUCACAGCUACAUCCAAACGUUCAGUUAGCAAAUGAGAUGGAAAAUCUUCAAAUCGGGAGAUUGGUAAUCAAAGUUCAUGAGCAAUUACAUCCUUUAAAAAUGAAAGCCAUCAAGGAAUUCUAUGAUGGAUAUGGUGAGGAUAUGAGUGGUUGUUUGUGGGAACUUUCAGAUACAUGGAGGGAACUGGUCUGGAUUCCAAUCAACCAAUCAUUGGUAUUACCGCCCCUGAAUGGAUGGCAAACGCGUGCACUGGAAAGAUUAGAAAAGAGCUUAAAGUACGAGAAUCUUAAUUUGAGUCGGCUGAAGACUACUAGACCGGCCAGCGUGAAAUGCCUCAAUUCUCUCCAAUACCAGGACUACAAAACCGGCUUUGGGCUUUGUGGCCCUCGAUUUGAUUGCAACUUUCGUGGUAUACAAGAUCGACUGUUAUACACUUUAGAGAGAGCUUGUGGUAGGAGUCUAUUGCGAUCAGCAGCCCAGUCUGAUCCCCGGAACCCACCUUCUUUUCUGAGAUGGAUCUUCUCUUGUUACCAGUUUCCAGUUUCCAAUUUCGAGAAAUGGACUCCUUCAGAGAUUUCAGAAUGCCAUAUGGCAUUGGAUGGUUUCCAACUGCGUGUCAAACUUUUACCGGGUCCUGACCGUCUUGUCAUCCCGAGCCUUCUCAAGGCUUUACAAGAUGUGAACAAGAGUAUCGGAUCAGGAUUCUGGUCAAAAGAAUACUUGCUCAAAUUCGACAACUUAAUCGAGAAACAGAGGUUAAAAUUAGAGCCAAUUGAUAGUACUUGCAGAGAUUUCGAGAUAGGUAACAACAAUAUCGAAAUUGGCAGGAAAACUCAAGAUUUGUCUGUUCCCAAGAGAAUACUCGCAAUAGAGAACGCCAUGCCAAUAGAAAGCCAGAUUAUCCAAGUCAGUCGACGUAUAUUGGAGACGAAAAAGUUUCUUGAGGAGCAACAUGCUGUCCAAAUUACUGCACUAAAAUUGGAAAUGUCGAAAAUCUCUAAUGAACUCGCAAAUAAUUGGAUCAUCUUUCAUACAGCCAAUGAUGAGGAAGAAAAAGCUGCGACGGCACAUUCGGCUCUUCAGGCAAUGGUAAAGACGUUACGUAGGGUUCUUGACGAAUGCGAUUUAAGUAGAAUGCACUUGCACUUGGUUAACCAGGACUUGUAUCAGCGCAUUGAAAACACGACUAAAGAAAAAUCUGAAGCGGAGGCCAAUGCAAAAAGAUGGAAAGAGAGAUGCGACGCUAAACAUGAAGCCAUGGUCUGGCACCUGGGUAUAUUGAACACAAUGGUUAAAGACAUCACCGCACAGAGAAUUGAGCUUGAAGAUGAGAAAAAAGAGUUCAAGGAGGAUCUUCCACAAUUAUGCGCAGGGAAAGAACCCGGAACAAUGAAUGUACAAACAGCAGGACAACUUGUCGAUCAUAAAGCGGCUCUCCAGAACACUAGGUCCAGUCAACCAGAUGUAUUUAAGGUUCUUAAGCAAGCCCACCUUCAACACAUUCUAUUAGUCCGUGAUAUUGAGUACAAUCGAGGACUAAAAGAUGGCCAGAGCAUUCAGGUAAACGAGGGAAGGUCGCAGGUCUUGAGUGCUACUGCAAUUAUUGAGCAGGAAUUAUAA